CAGUGGUAUCAUUUAUGGAAUAUACAAAAUAUUUUGUCGCCUGAUUUCAAAAAUAAUGACAUAUCUCAUGUCAACAGUUUAGGUGGCGUGAAGCCUCAUAAUCUAAAUAGUCUUUUACUUUGGGAAUAUUGUCGUUUAAGAAUAAGGAUGACUAUUGACAUUUUAUUAGGCUUAGAGACAAAGCCAAAUGAGUAUCAUGGAGUUGUAUUAAUUUUAACCGAUUUAGAAAAUAUUUCAUCAAAUGAAUGGAAUCAUAUUCAAAUGAUUUUGGAAGCGUUUACAAAUGAAUUGAAAGAUAUGGUUUAUCCUAAUCAUCAUAUUUUUUGUGUUUUGAUAUGCGCUUGGGAUCCCGAGUAUCGCUCCAUUAUUUUACCUCGCAUACAAAACUUUUUUGGUAACCGAAAUUUCAUUAGUCUGUCGAAUCAUUUUGAAAAUGUUUCUUUAGAAAAUAAAAAACUCUUUAUUCAAAUGUUGAUUGAAGAGUAUCAGCGAAUAUGUACCGAACCUUUCCCUAAAUCCUUACUUGACAUGAUGAAAACAAAUCAAUUGAGUUUAUCAAAAACUCAAAGGAUUCUUCAUUCUUGGCAUUUUUUUCAUUCAAAUGCACUCGUCGGGAAAUUCGAAAAUGAUAUCAAACAGUUUUCCGAGCUGUAUUUAAUAGAAAACACGACCGAAACAAUUAAUGUUAAAGAAAAUCUACAAGAAAAUACUAACCAAGUUUUGAAAGGUGUAUUUGAUGAAAAAACUUACAAGAUUGUUAAGGAUUUAGAUUUUUACAUUUUCAUACCCAUUCAAAAACCAGAACUAUUUCAUUCCCCUACUAUUCAUUAUGAUCCACGAGCGUUAUUAUGCGGAACGUCUGGAACGGGUAAAACUCACAUUUUAAAUUACUUUAAAAAAAAAUAUCCGGAAGUCAAUGUAAACGUUGAACAUUUAACAGCGCUUUAUUCUCCCUACUUUGGAGAAACUGAAAAGCGGUUACAUAAUAAAAUUGAACAAAUGAAGCUUCCUGGGGUUUUCGUCUUAGAAGGACUUGAAUUAUUAUCAGUGCAAAGCGAUAAAGGGGAGCCUGAUUCAACACACAGUACUUUCCAUAGACGUAUUUUAGUAACUCUAUUAUUGUGUUUGGAUGGUUUUCAUGAUACUGUCUCUAAGAGAUCUGGACAAUUAGGUUUUAUUGGGGUCUCCAAGCUACCACCUGAACAUUUGGAUAAUUCUUUAACUCGUCCAGGACGUCUUGAAAGAUGGUUCCUUUUGUAAAAAGACUUAAUAUUGACACAGAAAUCUGGCCACAUCCAUUUAACAAAGCUAAAUUUUUACAUCAGUGUCACAUUAUUUUUCAUGAAUUCAAAACGAACACGUUCUUACAUAUCAGUCAGUUGUCAACAAUUACGUCGUCUCAAUGAGGUGUCUUAAAAGUAGCGCACGUCUAGAACGACACAUUGGCGUCUUAACACGCUAAUUUGAGGAGACCCUAUCCUCACUUGAGCCACAUUCUCUCAUCCUUUCAGCAACACGCAAACGUUUUUCAAGAGAUUCAUUCUUAUCCUUUUAGUGACCCCUCUUUGUCAUUCAAGGACCCUCCCUUGUCAUUCAAGGACUCCCUUGUCGUUCA